UCGGCAAGAGAGACUUACAGUCAGCAAAGCGAGAUUAAAAGGAACAAAAUGAAAAUUUUUAUGUUUCAGUUUUCCCCCAAAUCGAACCAGUGAAUUGUACUAGUUGUUGUUAUUACUCUUGAUUUCCUGGUUUUAGUUUCUUUCUCAAACUCCUUCUCCCUCCAUUGAAGCAUUUCUUUUCUGCAUCCACAGGUUAAGUGUUCGAUAAAUUGUCUCUCUGAACCCUAUUCAACUGCGACUGAUGGCCUUGGUAACUUGUAACUGUCACUUUAAGGCGGGGAUAAACGUCCAUUAGAGGGGAUAGAUUGGGUGUACUACAACACUUUCAAUGAAAAGUAUAGAGAUUUGAGAGAAAUUUAGCACAUAAAGCAUAUUUGGGUCCAUUAUUAAAGAUGGUUAUCCCACCUCCUGUCAGACCAGAAAGAAUUACAAAGUUUCUGAAGCCAUAUGUGUUAAAGAUGCACUUCACAAACAAGUAUGUGAACGCUCAAGUUAUCCACUCACCCACUGCCACGGUAGCUGCCUCUGCGAGCUCUCAGGAGGUGGUAUUAAGAGAGGUCAUGGAAAACAAACGGGAUGUUGCCGCAGCAGCAAAGAUUGGAAAGAUAUUGGGGGAGCGGUUGCUGAUCAAGGAUAUCCCUGCUGUUUCAGUGUUCCUCAAGAGAGAACAAAAAUAUCAUGGUAAGGUCAAAGCCGUAAUUGAUUCUUUGAGGGACUCUGGUGUAAAGCUACUUUGAUAAAAGCUCACUUCUGUGCUUAGGAGGUUGAGAAGCUUUGUACCAAACAACAAGCAGCUAGCUUUUCUUUUUCUUUAUAGUCUGUCAAGACUCUCGACUCCAUUGAUAUUUUUGUUCGGGGACUCGGUCUGUGAAUGCUUUAGAUUAGUCAGGACUCAGGAGUGCUUGUUUUGGUGCUUUCAAGUCCUUUGAGUUGGGCUAUGGUAAUUCAGUAUGAUUGCUUUAUCGACAGGGACUAUAUCAUAGGUUCUUGUCUGACAUUAUAGACUAACCAUUUCCAGACA